GGUGCCAAAUGCCAAGCUAAACGUCACUGUCGCCGUACCGCGCUAAAAUAAAAUAAAAUAAUUGUCAAUUGGAUUUGGAACUGAUUGAAACGGAAGUAAAUAACAAUAACAAACAAAAAUUAAGAGUACUAUUGUAAGAUUUUAGAGUUUAACAAAUAAAAUAACUAUUCUUUGAAAGAAGAAACAUGGAAGACGUUUUAGAAAAGUUCAGUGAAUUGAGACUGGAUUGUUUAGACGAAGAAUGGGUCCAGGCAAUAUUUUAUUCAGAAUUCAUGGAAUUUGGUGAAUUGCCCGAUCAAUAUGCAAGUAUUUUAGAAUCUAUUGAAUUAAGAACUACUUUCCGAAGUAUAAUUAAAGUAAUCAGUAAGUGGUUACUAAGCGAAUCUGACGAGGAAAAGUCCUGGACGAAUUUAUCGGAUAAAGUGAAACACCAAAACAUGCUAGUUUCUUUAGCAUACUACAUACAUUUAGGCGGCAAAAACGUUACUUCUAAGGAGCACAGAAACAAUGCUAUAAUGGCCUGUCGUGUAUACUACAAGUUACUCUCCAUCCCUGGUUACAAGGCAUACCAUAUUUAUCAUUCACAGUUAUUCGCUCAUUCUCUAGUAUGCCUCAGUUAUCCUAAAUCGAUGUGCGACAAUGAAGAUAACUAUUUUAAUACAAAGGAACUGACCCAUGAAGUAAAUUCAGUUAUAAAAGAAUUGGGUCCUUAUGUAAGAGACUUGAGAGCUAUUGUACAAGACUUACAAUUAGGUCCAAAUGAUAUGAACUUUGAAGAUAUUUUAAGUAACUUGGUAGACAUUACUGGAGGUGCCAUUGUUAACAAACUUAAUAUAGAUAAAAUUGAAUUGGGAAACAUAUCUAAAGUAAUAUAUGAUAUUAUCAACAUAUUAAUAUGUGAUGCAAAUGGGGACCCAAGCUCUGCUGCUAUACAGUUACUAUUCAAAUGUUUAUUGCCCAAAUUUAUUGCUGCAUCACUGGAUACUCGAAAUGUCAAUAACAUUGUCAGAGCCUCAUAUGUAACUUAUUCUGGCUUAUUACUGACUAAGUACGGGAAAGCAGCUUUAUCUGGAUACACAGUGCUUUUGCAACAUCUGUGUUAUACUUCAGAUGGACUUGAGAAGGCUGAAGUUCGCUCUGCACGAGUAUCUCUAGUAGUGGGUUUGAUGAGCUUAUUACCAAACAAGUCAUACAAAAAAAUUGUGAAAUGGUUGAUGACAUUAUCUACUACAGCAAAAGUUUCACAUCGUCAAAUUGCAUUGGAAAUGUUGGCAAAACUUCUUAACAAUGAACCUGAAGAGCCUAAACCCACACAGCCCAAAGAAAAUAAUGUAGCAGAACCAACUGAAGGUGAAGCAAACAAUGACCAGGCACCUGCAAAUCCAGAAUCAACUGUGAAUCCUACUGAUGAACCACAACCAGGUCCUUCAGGAACACAAGAUGUUUUAACUGAAGAUGAAAGUAGUCAAGAACUGCCUGCACUUGAAAAUGAAGACAUAACAGAGGAGGAUGUAGCGGGUCUCCUCCGCCAGCGCUCGCACACCGUGUCGCACGGCGCCGUGCUGCGCGCCGUGUACGACUGCGUGUGCGACGUGUCCAGCACGAUGCGCACGCGCGCGCUGCUGCUGCUCACCGAGUGCCUCGCCUCAGACUACCCGCCCAUGAAGGACGCCAUCAAGGAGUUCAACGGCGACGGCGAGGUGUCGCGGCUGGCGGGCUUGGGCGCGCGGUGCGUGUGCGACGAGCGCGCGGUCGUGCGCAAGGCGGCCGUCGGGUUGGUUCAUCGCCUCACCCUCGUCGCUGCCGACGCGGGCAGAGCGCCGCGAGCGUCAGACUACGCGGUGUCGCGGCGGGCGGGCGAGGACGCGCGGUGCGUGUGCGACGAGCGCGCGGUCGUGCGCAAGGCGGCCGUCGGGUUGGUUCAUCGCCUCACCCUCGUCGCGGCCGACGCGGGCAGAGCGCCGCGAGCGUCUGACUACGCGAUACUGAUGGGGCUGUGCCGGGACGCGAGUAUCGUGGUGCGCGUGGCGGCCAUCAGCGCCCUGGGCGAGCUGGUGAUCCACCAGCCGUGCGAAGAGGCUAUAGACGCGUUCCUCAACGGCCCGAUGCACCAACUAUCCGAUCCGGAAACCAAGAUUCAAGAUCAAGUAGUGGCACUCAUCGGCGAUAUAGUUAUAAAUCGUAUUGAAAAAUACGACGCAAAUAAACAAGAAGACUCUUUGCCUUGGCUGUUCUUGUCGGGUAUAGCGAAACACAACAUGAAGAGGCAUCUGCAGAAAGCUUGCGCGUUACUGCUCAAGUCAUCUGGCUGUAUAAAUCAUCGUUUAGUGGAUUUGCUGAGCACGCACUUGGGCGUAGUGAACGACGCGCGCGACCUGCAGUGUCUCAUCCUACUCGUGAGCGUGUCGCGCCACUUGAAGUACUCUGACGUUGGUUUCCUGCUGGACUACUACUACAGCCUGGUGGAUAGGCAGGACCGCGACCCGCGACUGCUGCCACUGACUCUAGAGUUGCUGGGCGUGUGGUCGUGCUGCCUCGGCGACACGGAGCGACGCAAUCUGCGCGAGCAUUUGGUGGCGAGACUGGCCGCCGCUGUUGAUGAUGGUUGCCGGACGACCAUCGCGUCGCUCGCAGCUCAACUGGACCCGGACAACCUGCUGUGGGCCAACGAGCUGUUACAAUUGCUGGAGCGGCGCGCAGUGAGCGGCGGCUCGGUGGCGGAGUGGGUGCGCGCCGCAGACAUCUCGCUGGUGGCGCCCGCGCCGCCCUCCGCGCACCUGCUGCGACUGUUCCUGGCCGCGCUCGCCGACCCGCCCAGAGAGUGGUCGGAUGCGGAGCGCGGGGAGUGCGUGGUGGGCGCGGGGCGGUUGUGCCUGCGUUCGCGCGAGUCGGCGGUGCUGCUGGCGCCGCCUCUGGCCGCGCUGCUCAAGGACGCGUGCGCGCCGCUCUGCGCGCGACACAACGCGCUGCUCGUGCUCACCGACAUCUGCACCAGAUACUCGUGUAUUGUGGAGCCGCUGCUGGAGUCGGUGUGCGGUUGUCUGGAGACGACGACGGUGGCGCUGCUGCGCCGCGUGGCCGCGCGCUCCAUCACUACGCUGCUACUGUCUGGAUAUCUGCGCUUGAGAACGCCGCUUUACUAUAAGUACUGCGCGCUGCUGGCGGACGAGGAGCCCGACGUGCGCGAGCCGGCCGAGUACUACGUGUCGUGCUGCCUCACCGUCGACGCCAUCUACCACCACUUCGUCGACUGCGUGCUGCACUACAACCAGGACUCGGAGAGCAUAUCGUUCGAUGCGCGGCAGCUCAUCUACGACGUGAUGCUGCAGCGCAUGACGCUGGUGCAGAAGCUGAACGUGCAGUGCCGGCUGGCGCGCGACGUGCUGCAGCACGCGGCCGACGUGUGCGACGAGGGCGACGAGCUGCCCGAGCGCCUCAACGCGGCGCUGCUGGACACCAUCACGCUGCUGUGCGGCCCCAGGAUGAAGUUGCCAAAAAAACCUGAUAAAAGUGGAGACGCAGACAUUGACGAAAUACAAGAAAGAGUAACCACCAACAUAGUGUCCCAUAAAAUGAAGCGCACGGUGGCCGAAGUGCUGGUGCCCGCCGUGUUGCGUCUGUACACGCACAUGCGCGCGAGCGGCGGUCAACUGGUCACCUACCUCGUGCACCUGGCCACAGACCUGCUCAACGACUACCGGCACGAGAUCGAAGAGCUCAUCGAGAACGACGGCGAGCUGGUGAAGAGCGUGCAGCAGUUCCAGGAGACCAUCGGGCUGGAGACGUCGUUCGGCAACGCGCGCAACCUCGUCACCGCGUCCGGCGCCCUCAACGAGCCGGAGACGCCGCGCGCGCCGCGCAAGCGCCGCGGCUCCGCCUCCCGCCCUUCGCGCACGCCGCGGAAGCGUACAUUGAGGAUUUAAUCACGCAUAGUUUUUUUUUUAUUUAUAUUAGCGGACGCCCGCGAGUCCCUACACCUACCCUAUUACCACUUUACCACCCUAUACCUCUAUCCUAUCCAAGUACCAUAUCCCAUAGUGUAAGUAGUAGGCGCAGCGUUUUAGCGGCGCGUGCUGGCAUACUUUAGGCUCAGUCCAGAAAGGGCGAAUUCGCCGCGAUUCUCUCGCGCGUUUUACGCGCGACCGUUACGUCCACAAGGUGCGUACCAACGCGCGAGCAUUUGAGGAGGAAUUCAGUACGAAAUAUUAAGUUCGCUCUAGAGUUCACGCAACAAGGCGACCCUAGUACCUCGACACGCGCGCAAUACGCGCGAAAUAAGCGCGUGUCGAGGGUCUUACGUAGUGCACGCGAUUUACGCGCGUAUUUUAAAUUCGCGCGAUGCUUGUGGACGCGAUGUAUUGAUGUCUAGUAUUUUGACAACGCGCGUAUUUUGAAUUCGCGCGAUGCUUGUGGACGCGAUGUAUUGAUGUCUAGUAUUUUGACAACGCGCGUAUUUUGAAUUCGCGCGAUGCUUGUGGACGCGAUGUAUUGAUGUCUAGUAUUUUGACAACGCGCGUAUGAAUUCGCGCGAUACGAUUCGCGACGAAUUCGCCCCUUCUGGACAAGCUCAAUCAUAUGAAUAUGAUUGCAUUACAUUUACAUCGAUCUCAGUUUUUUAAGUUCAAGAUUCUCAGUCUGACGAAAGAUUUUGAAUAAAAAAAAAUAUCUUGUAGGUAUGUGAGAUAAAUAAAAUCGUGCAAUUAAAAUUAAAGCUAUGAAAAUUAUUGUUUAAAAAGAAUUAUUGUGUAUUAGGAUAAGCUAAGCACAAAUAAAUAUUUUGUUAUAUAUGUUAAAA